CAUGCUUACGAAGUGCCAUGUCCGGCAGAGGAAGACCACGCAAGGUGCCUGACGAGGCUUCCGGCGUCUCGUCAGCGAAAAAUACGGGAUCUACUCCGAAAAAGAGCUUUCGAGCGGAGGACCACAAAGUUAAAAAAGCGGGAGACGACAUACCCCGGCAUGUCGAGAAAAGAACGGAUGCCCAAGUGACACGACCUAAACAUGACAGCAGAACUAAAAAAGAUGCUACAACACGUCCAUCAAAAUAUGACGACACCCGUGCGAACGAGCAAACGGGUAAAAGUGCGCGAAGUGCGGUGGAGGAAGACGAUCACAAAAGCUCGACGAAAGGAUUGGACCACGGCGACGGCAAUCCAGACAAAAUUCUCCAUGCUACCCUUCAGAAGUUAAGGAUUAAGAAACAGGAGAGAUCUGAGUCUACAAAAUGCGUCAACGAGAUAGAGGAUCAAAUCAUUGAUUACAUAAAAAAGAGUUUGGAUUGGUGCAAAGAAAUUCGUGUGCUGAAGACAGGAAGUCAUUAUGAAAACGUUAAAAUUUGCGAGCCUGACGAGUUUGAUGUCAUGCUGACCAUUCCUGUUGAGAGGGUGGAUGUGCAUAAUUUUGGAGAGGAUGGCGCGUUUUACAGCGUAGCGAUGAAGCGCCAUACCCAGAAACAUCCUUUAGACAGAUUUCUCAACGAAGACAAGACGAUCAAGGCCAAUGAAAUGCUGCAGGAAUUCCGGGAUAAGGUGAAGGAAGUCGUGGGAAAAAUACCUUAUAACAUUGAAGUGGAGCGCAAACGGAAGGGGUGUCCAGCGGUCACUCUGGUGGUGAACCUGAAUGGCAAAACGAUUUCUCUCGACUUUGUGUUGGGUCUGGAGGUCCACAAAUCAAGUUGGCCCAGUUUCACCGCAAAUGGCUUCAGGAUCGAGGGCUGGCUCGGCAAAAAAGUGAAAAAUGAGCUAAAGCGCAAACCAUUUUAUUUGGUGCCAAAAUACGAGGGCAGAGGCAACGCAGAGUACAAUGGAGUUGUCGCCAAAGACACUUGGCGCAUCUCUUUCUCGCAUGUUGAGAAGGACAUCAUAAAAAAUCAUGGCGCGAGCAAGACAUGCUGCGAGAGGGGAGCCGCGGGAUGCUGCAGGAAACAGUGUCUUAAACUUCUGAAAUACCUGCUGCUUCGGCUAAAGGAGGAGAACCCCAAGGAAGUGUCCAAGUUCUGCUCUUAUCAUGCAAAGACCACGCUGCUCCACGCCUGCACAGCCAGGCCGACAGACAGCGAGUGGAAAACAGGGCAGCUCAGUCACUGCUUUCAGCUGCUCCUGCAGGACUUUGAGAACCACUUGAGAAGUCAAAACAUCCCCAAUUUUUUUAUUCCCUCACACAACCUACUCAACUCUGCAGGGCUGGACAAGAAAAGCUGUGAGUUCCUGGCAAAGUCCACCGAAUACCAACGAAACAAUGGCUUUCCGCUGUUCCGUUAAAUCAUGUUUAAAAGUAGCUCAGUAGUUAAGGUCCUUAACUUAUAAUUGGAAGGUUGUGGGUUCAAGUCCCACCACUGCCAAGCUUCCACU